AUGGACGCCCACGACGAUGACCAGGACAGCACACGACCAAGGCUAGCCAGAUCCCUGUCUUUUCCAGACACGCCUCAAAUCGAGCUAGCUAUAGCAGGCUCGGUGGCAGACACAAGAAAGCCUCGUGCUAUCGAUCCAAACGUGGCAGCGGAGGCGUCGUCUGUCCCCCCUCGUCCCCCUCGAAAUCCUGCCAGGUCACCUCACAACCGAAGGUCAACUUCCUCCAAGAAGCGUCCAUCAACAGCCACAGGCACACGCGAGGAGGUUACCCCAUGGGAGUUGUUCCCCCCACCUGAUAUUGGCGAGCCUGCUGUCUUGUUGAAGCCAUGGCCAGAUUAUACCCCGCCUGGUCGACAAGAACCGAAGAGCGCAGCAUCUACAGCAUCUCAAUCCCAUUCUUUUGCAAACUUCAUCUUGAGACGGCGAAAAAGUUCGGGGAACAAGUCUGCUUCGCGAAACAAGAAUCGGUCCAAUACUAUUCCUCAGCUCGCGUCGGAUGGAGGACUCGCAGAAGCAGGCGCUGGUUCCACCAUACAGGCAAUGCCAUCAGCCCCUCGAUCGACAUUGGGUUAUCAAAAUACUGGUUCUGGCUCAUCCGCUCCUGCCAACGCCCAACCUCUACGAUCGGAAGGUCCACCCCCUAUGCCAUACCUCACUUCCAUGUCCCCGUUUCUGUACGGAGUACCACACUCAUCCUCGCCGUCCAACAUCUCGAUGGCAGCGAAGAGUUCCUCCGACAUCGCCACCAUUCGUGCCCAACAACCCACGAAGCAAAACAAAUUCUCCACCGCCGACCGUACUAUCCUUCAAGAACUCAAAAGGAACAUUGAUGCCAAGGAAGCUCAAUUCCUCGUCAAGUUCAAUCCACGUUCAGGUUCAGGUGCUUCUGGGAUCGCUGGUAGAGGAAGGCAUCAUCCCUUUGAUAAAGAACAAGUACCCUACCCCAGAAAUUACGAUCAGGAAGUUCUCGACUUCGAUGUUUGGGAAACGGUCUUCUGCCAGCAAAUGUGUGGCAGCGUCACUUGGCACGUCUUUGACACCCCGCCUACCAGAGUUUUGGACUUGGGUUGUGGCACAGGAUCCUGGAUUCUAGAUGCUGCUCGGAAGUGGAGGAAUUGUCACUUCGUUGGCCUGGACGUUGUGCCUUUGCACCCUAAUCUUCAGCAACUUGGUUCCGCUGAUCUCGCAGGGCGAAUAACGUGGAUCCAAGCGAACUUCUUGGAAGGUUUGCCGUUCUCUGACGAAGAGUUCGAUUAUGUCCAUAUUAAACGCAUUGCCCGAGGUGUACCCGAAGACAAAUGGGAUCCCUUACUGGAGGAAAUUACUCGGGUAAUGAAACCAGGCGCGGCUUUCGAGAUGAUGGAGGAAGAUCUCUUCUUUCCCGGAAAACCAAAUGAAAACAUGUCACCGGAUGGAGAAAAUGAUGAGCUAGGCCCCCGUUCGCGCGCCAACACGAUACUCUCGUGGCAGGCAUCUGACGUAGCCGAGAAUGGUGACGAAGACGGUCUUCAGGACGAUGAUGCGUCCUCCCAAUACACAGGCUCUGGUUCUGCCUCAGUUUCACACGACGAUACGAGUUUAGAUGCUCUGUCCACGCCGCGGACAAGCACGGUGGCCCUUCCUGCUCACCAUGGGGUAGAUACCCUACCCGACCAAUUGGUAGCUACCGACGAUGUACCACCUCUACCGGUGGCAGCAUCUAAGCUAGUGACCCAAGGCCGAAAGUCCCUCCCACAGCUGCAAGUGCGAACUGACAAUGUCGUUCCCACCGGUGCGAUUCAGUACUUCCCCACUCGGCCGCGAUCUCAACAUUUUACGGACUCUGCAAUCUCCCUCCGAAAUACAAACUCUACAGCAUCCCUCAUUCAAUCGCCGGUGCGAACCAAACCGUCAUCCCAACAUCCCCGCAGCCCUCCCAUCUCUCCGAUUAGCCAUUCGUCCGCGAGAUCUCCGGAUCGCGACUCUUUGUACCAUCCAUUCCUCCUACGAACACUCCCCAAACCUCCCGCCAAUCCUCGUGACCAUAGUCUCCUUGAGUUAAUUUACAAUGAGAUGCAUGCGGCGAGGUUCAUCAAUCUCUCCCCGUUAUCACUCUUGGCGAAUUACCUUAGCCUGCAUUUCAAAGAUGUGCGAACCCACCCGCAACUACAGUGGGCCUUUCCCCCGACCCGAGCUAAGCGAGGACGACCGCUUGCCAGAUCUGUAGCGUACGACGACUCUGACCCAGAUGACGACGGUCUAGUGAAGAAGCCAACACAGAUUGCAGGAAACCCUCCCAUGAUCGCCACCACCACGCAGAGACGUAGAGCAGCCACCGUGGGCAGCCAACCGUUUUCAAACUCUGGCUUCCAUGAGGAUCCUUCAGACCCUACUGGUCGCGUAACUGUCCAAAGCUUGGUGAAUGCCGAAUCAAAGUAUAUCUCCCUGGAUGAGACUCAGCGAUCCGCCUACUCCCCAUCCUCAAAAUCAAAGUUUUCAUCCCCAUCGCGAGAUAGCCGGCGCGACCCCUCUUCGGCAGGUACUCGAGCUGCUGCCAUGUUUUCUUCAAUGCAUCACUCUCGGCUGCCAAACAAAACGUUGAACCUGGAUCUCAGGUCAUUAAAUCUUCAUCUGGCGAUACGGACGAGCGAAGUGCUCGCAUGUGCAGAAGCGAUGUGGGAAUGGGUCCUUGAAUAUCAAUCUCAAGACAAGAAGCCUCAGUUAUUGUCUGGUUCGCCGAAGUCGGUGGACGUAGCAGCACUAACCGAUCUCGCCCGGGAAGAUUUUGAUUAUCUACUCUCGAGGUUUGAUAUGGAUAUGAGAGACCAGAUUUCCCUCAGCGGAACCAUGGAAGAUCAAUACGGCUGGACUACUUUGCCUGUCACUCCCACAUCGGAACGGAAGGCCUUUGAUGGGGCUUGGGAUAAAUGGUGUCAAUGGGAGAAGCAACAAAACCCGUCUCAUCCCGUUUACGCUGGCGGUGCUACGGGGCGCUAUAGCGAUUCCAACAUGUCGCGCAGCACGGGUGCUCCGUCAACGAGGCAAAACGGCAGCAUCAUGACACGGAGGGAUAGCCAAUCCCGGGAUGACAGUGGAGCAUCGGUUCGAAGAAGUGGUAGCCUCACUCAAAGCGCGGCCGGCGGCCAUCGAGAAACCACCCAUGGGGACAAGCGAAGGUUCAGUCAUUACGAUGAUGGCCUGGGCGGCUUGAAGCGCAGUGGGAGCUUUGUGAGGGACAACCAAAGCGACACUACGAAAUCAACGCAGCGCACUCUGGAUGAUGCCCGCUCCCGCACGUCUAGUGUCCAUCAGCGCCCGGUCCAUCAUCUACCGCCGCCUGAAGGCCGCCUUUCAAGGGUCACACGUGUCUUCGUAGCUUGGAAGCCGUAA